GACAGUCAGCGAUCAAAAACAACCAACGCUCGGAUCUCUUUCGGAAUACUUUUCAUUUUUCUGUGAUUCAUUUGGCGAAAAGGCAAAGGCAGUGCAUAAAGAGAAGAUUCCUUGAAGAUCACGAUGGCGGUCGACGUAUCGAAUCAUGUCGUGGCCAGGAUGGUGCUAACCUAUCUGUACGAUAACAACAUGCAGGACCUCGCGGAACAGUUCUGGAACAGGAAUGUGUACCUUUCGAAAGCGGUUCCCUCCGCCGUUUUAGCCCGCAUGGUUUCAAUCGGGCGCCUCACAAACGUUAUCAAGGAGCACACGGAGCUGGUCUCGAUUCUAAACGAUUUCUGGAAAACUUACAUGGCAACCGGAUCUGAGAAAGUGUUCAUGUCGCCUUCAGGAAAGGCCACUAUUCUUGUGGAUAUGUGCAAAUCGCUGUUGUCCUUCAUCCCUUCGGAGGCUCCCAUCCAGUUUCUUUCGGAACCAAUUUUUGGCGAAAGCGACCAGUUGCAGGACGGGCAAGGGACACGCAUCGUAGUAAUGGAGGAAGGAAAUGUAAAUUUAAAUGAAUUCCCGAUCGAGUUCGAUCCUAACACGUUCCAGGUUAUAGCAGACGAACCAGAACCGCAGAAUAGAGUCGAUCAAAGCGAGCAAAAGGAAAACAUUCAACCCAUCGUCAUUGAAAUACCGAGCCAAUCAGAAACUGCGCGCCUCUCCGAAACUCCAAUAAACUCUGGUGUUCCCGCAGUAGCGCCGGCCAGUGCCAAUAUCUCCGAGACACCGGCCGACAUAUCGCCAGACCCUCCGGCGAAGAAACGGUUCAGCGAGAGAAGUGCGAUGAAACUCAAACGUUUGCAAAAUAGGAAACAUUCUUCUCCGGUGACUCGUACAAGACUUGUUCCGACACGCCCGGCGUCUAAAUCUGUGACGUUGGUAGGAAACGUUAAGAGUGAAAUGCUCAAACGUUCCGCUGCCCGUUUUACAACCACAAUCAAAUCCGCCGCCAAUAGGUUGAACUCGAAUAUAGCUAAAAAGAGUAAAAAAGAUGCAUUCGAAGCACAGCUGCAUAACCAAUCUUCUUCAUCGUCGACUGCAACGAUGAGCCCAGAGUCGGACGAGGGAAUCAGGCAGAUGACUUGUGCAUUGCAGAAGCAUCGUCGCUCGAACCGGAACGCACAUAAGCAAACUAUGGAACCCCAUCCCUCGAACAUGAUGCAGGCUCAGUUCAGCUAUCCAGCAGUUAGCAGUAGUAUCACCUCAAAAACGGCAGAGACCAAUCCCUUGGAGUCGGCAAGUAAGGCAGCGGUGUCCACACUUCUUCAAACGACCAACGUCGGUGAAGAUACCAUUUCCGCCGUCUUAGCUCACAUUCAUGGCUAAGAAACGGUGG